GUAGAUAUGGCUGUUUCCCAUGCCCAGCAAUGACUGUAGAUGAGGCAGUAGCUGAAACCUGCCUUCAGGAUGCUGGAAGGGAGUGGAGAAUAGUGUUUUCCAUGCCCUGAAGGGACGAUACAAAGUGACAUUUUUAAAGCCUGUAUAGAUUGAUUCUACAGAGGCACUGAUGAGCUCCUUAUGUCAUGUCUACCCUAACCAUAACAAUCAUGAAUCAAGUCUUUACAUGGCUGAAGUGAUGCUGUUUCAGCUGCCACUUCCUUCUUUUCUCAUUCGUCCUGGAGUCCUGGAGUCCUGUGGUCCAAGUGGCUGCGGCCCCCCAUGGAGAGCAUCUGCUCUGCUCCACUUGAGGACGCUGUGGCUGUAGAUGGCACUCACUCUGGGUCAUUCUCAAUGUCCUAUGUGGUUGGUGCCCACAAAGUUUCCCCAGGUGCCCCUGAACUGUCCAGAGUGUAUAUGGACUUUGUACUCAGGGUCCAGGAGAGCACCCAGCUGUAAUAUGUCUACUUUGUCUAAGGUACAGGGUCUUGAGGUAUCUGAUCUUGUCUGGUAUUGGUGGUCAAUCGGUGGAUCCCUUCCUCAGACAGUUUGAAUAUGUCGUUAUAAUCUUUUACUUUGACUGUUAUGGUAUUUAGGAAAAAAUAAGUUUGGGUUCUCAAUGACCAAACUAAGACCCAAACAGAUGUCUUAAAAAAUUAAAUAAGGUUUCAUGAAUACUGCAUGCAAUAUAUACAGUAUGUACCUUUUGAGAGGAAUAAUUCUGUUGGUUAAACAAGUUGUGUGUUCUUGAAAGUUUAAUUUUCCUUCUGAGACAGAAGCUAUCCUGAAUGCAUCCCACUAAGGUUUGAUCACUGAUCAUUACAAAUUUGUGCAAAUAAACUUUUUGUUGCUUUAUUUGUAAAUAGUGAAUUAUAUUGUAAUUAACAAAAUUUAACUUUUAGUUUAAAGAACCUAGAGGACCACUUUUGGGGGAAGCUAUGAAAGCACUGUAGUUGAGCUCUUAAAGUGUGUGUUUGUCUUUGUGUGUGCGUGUUUGUGUAAACAAGUAGCUUUUACAUUCAUUUUUUUUCUUUGAUUUUUUCCAGAGCUGCUGAGAUCCUGUAUUCUUUGGCACUAGUAGAGUCUAAAAAAUCUGACAAGAUGAAUGCAUUUCCUUCAGUGGACCAUUAUAAAUUGCUGACUGAGGCUAGGAGGAACCUAGGACUCUUUCAGCACCAUGAUGCCAUCACAGGAACAUCUAAAGAUUGGGUAGUUGUGGAUUAUGGAACUAGGCUUUUCCACUCAUUAAUGAAUUUGAAGAGGGUGAUCAUUGACUCUGCUCAUAUUCUUAUCCUAAAAGACAAAGAUACCUACAGCUACAACCCAUCAGCUCCGUUCCUUAAGAUGGAUGAUGAUCAAUCCUCACAAGAUUCUCUGCCACGCAAGACAGUUAUAAAGCUGAGUAUACAGCCAAGGUACCUUUUGGUUUAUAAUCCUACAGAACAGGAGCGGUUCUCCGUGGUUUCAAUCUAUGUGAAUUCACCCAAAGUUAAAGUAUUAUCUCCUUCGGGGAAACCUGUUAUGGUCCAGAUUAGUGGAGUAUGGGAUGGAACAACUACAGUAUCACAUGAAGCAUAUCAGAUCUCUUUUAUGGUGCACCUACCGCCUUUAGGUCUGGGAGUUUAUCAGCUUUUGGAGGUUCUGAGUUCAGAAAUGAUCUUGGCUGAUUAUAAUAUAUAUACUAGUGGAGGAAAUAAUGUGCAAGUGAACCCAGAUAAGGUUUUCAAGAUCAAGGAGAUGCAAAAUUCUGCAGAUGACAUUACUUUAGAGAACUCCUACAUGAAACUAUGGUUUUCUGGGAUCUCAGGGCUUCUGAAGAAAAUUAACACAAAAGAAGAUGGCAAAAAUCAUCAAAUAAAAGUGGAGUUUGCUUGGUAUGGAACCACAAGUAACAGAGAUAAGAGUGGGGCUUAUCUCUUCUUACCAGAUGGAGAGGCCAAGCCUUACGUUUUCACGGAUCCACCUACCAUAAGAGUUACUCAUGGAAGGAUUUUCUCAGAAGUUACUUGUUUUUUCCAUCAUUUGACACACACAGUGCGACUCUACAAAGUUCAGGGAUUGGAAGGUGAGUCUCUUGAGCUGUCCAAUAUUGUGGACAUUAGAGGAGAAUACAAUCGUGAGAUUGCAAUGAGAAUUUCAUCUGACGUAAACAGCCAAAACAGGUUUUACACUGACCUUAAUGGAUAUCAGAUUCAGCCCAGAGUGGCAAUGAACAAAUUGCCUCUUCAAGCAAAUAUCUAUCCAAUGACUACAAUGGCUUAUAUCCAGGAUGAUGGCAUUCGUUUGACUCUACAUUCUGCUCAGUCUCUAGGUGUUACAAGCUUGAAAAGUGGACAGUUAGAAGUCAUUAUGGACCGUCGACUUAUGCAGGAUGACAACCGUGGCCUUGGACAGGGUCUCCAAGAUAACAAGAUCACAGCUAAUCUGUUCCGACUUCUGCUGGAGAGAAGAAAUGAAGUAGAUGAGAAAGAAGAAAAGUCAUCAGUCAGUUUUCCCUCUCUUCUGAGCCAUAUAACUUCUUCUUUCAUAAAUCAUCCUGUAAUUCCAAUGACUACAUAUGCAGAAUCUGGUGUCCCACAGAUUUUGAAUGCCUUUUCUCCACUCACUUCAUCCAUGCCUUGUGACAUGCAUGUGGUCAAUCUAAGGACAAUACAAUCAAAGGCAGAUUCUGGGCCAUCUGAUGAAGCAGCCUUGAUCCUUCACAGAAAAGGAUUUGACUGUAAAUUUUCAAACAAAGACACAGGGCUAUUAUGCUCUACUACUCAGGGAAAGAUAAAGGUGCACAAACUCUUUAAUAAGCUAAUCAUUGAAAGUCUUAUACCUACAUCUUUAUCUUUGAUGCAUUCGCCUCCAGAUGCCAGAAAUAUUAGUGAGAUCAAUAUGAGUUCUAUGGAGAUAAAUACGUUCCGGAUUCGACUGAGAUGAAACCUGGCUUUAAUAUUCAUAUAGUGAAGAGGAAUCUGCAGUUAUAUUUCCUCUAAGUUUGACGUGCAAUAAAGAAGCACAUUGUUAUUCCAGCUUCUGGAUACUGUGAGAAAACAUGCAUUCUAUAAUUAUUUUUUUGACCAACACAGUGAAUAGCCAUGUUGCAAACAACUUUUUUGUUUUUACAUAAAAUACCAACAUCAGUAUAAGUUAACGCAACACAUGAAGAAAUUUCUAAGGAUGUUAACCUCUCGACAACAAAUUGAAUCUCAGGUUAAAUGAUAAUUAAUGGUUUCUGGGGUUUUUUGUUUUUGAAGGGAGAGGGAGUGGAAUUAAAUGACUUGUUUUGCUGAGCCUUGAUUAAUUUAUAUACAAAUAAUUGCAAUGUUGAAAUCCCUAAUAAAGCUUGGAACUUAAAUAGAAUAAAAAGCUCUUGUGUAAUAGCUAAUGUCCAAAUAUUUGAAACCAUUUAUAUAAGUGACAGUAAUCUCAGUUUAUUCCAUAUUGAAUUUCAAUUUAUUCUAUGGGAUGGAGAUUUGAAUUCUGUGGUAAAGUGAAAGACGGGAGACUUUGUCUUGUAAGUGAUGGUAGUUUUUAACACUUUUUGCCCUACCAUCACUUUGUGAAUUUCAUAGUUUAAGAAAAGAGAGAUUUUCAAAUUAAUCCUGCAAUGGAAAAUUAUAGAAAUAUUUAAUAAAAGUCCCAUUUUGUUACUUGACACAUUGGGAUAUGUGCAAUUAUUCCAUUAUCAUAUACAAUAAAAAAGUAAAUCUGUAAUAAUCAUGAAUACAAGAUUUUUUACAAAACUCAUUUGGAUACUGAUGUUCUCUGAAAUGGGUUUUCUAUAUCAAGAUUACCAUAUCAAGAUAAAUGUGCCUUAUUUUUUAAUGUGUCCCGUUACUAUUUUACUGUCCACAUCACUGUUUUGGGGGAAAGAGUAGUUUAUAUAAUACUUAAACUAUGUCUCUUCUAUUUGACCAUGCUGGCCACACUCUGAUCUAUGUCCUCAGGCACCAAAUUUGUGCUGUGUUGUUCUGAACAUUUUGACUAUUUGAAUGUACUGAAACAAUGUCAUAAAACAAAAUAUUGGAAGAAUAAGGAAUAUUGUAAUAUUCAAAUUCAGCCACUGUCAAGGAAACUGCAACUUGAUGCAGAGAAUUGAUAGUGUAUAAGACAUAGUUUGCAAAACCCAUCAUAUAGUGUAUUUGCAUUUCACAGAUUGUAGUAAACUGUACAUUGAGAAUCACGUGCCUUUAUUUUAAAAAUGCCACUCUUCAAACCUAAUAAUCAUGCUUACAUAUGUUGCCAAUGUUCACCUUAUUGAGGAAUAGCAUCUUACUCCUCUCACUUCAUUUUCACCAUAUCAAGUAUUUUGCAUUGAGUGCUGAAGCCAUGUGAGUAUAAAAAUUCUAUUUCCCUGAAUACAGCUACUGUUUACAAUUAAAAUAUACUAAUUUGUGUCUGAGUAUUAUUCCCUUUACUGAUCUUCCUUAAUCUUUGUACCUCUGACUUCAUUUUGCUUAGGCUUUAUUUAUGCAUCCAUCAGUGAUUUUCUUUAAUAUUAACAGAUGAUAAAUCCUCUUAACUGAAAAAGACGUACUGUCUGCUAACUCUAAAAUUGACUGCUGUACUAUUUUAAUUAGGUAAUUUUGGUGCUGUGGUAUAUCAAUUUAUAUCUUGUAGCCAUACAUCCAAUUUCAAACAUAAAAUUAAAUUACCUACCUUUUUUUUUGUAUGUACUGUCAUCGUUUGGAUCUCUCUUUAUCAUGAUUGCAUAAUUCAUAAUUUAGUUCAAUCUGCUAAAUAUUUUGUACUUAAGAGUAGAAUAUUUAGCAGAAUCUGGUGUGAAUUAUGUCAAGGAUAUAUUGACCACUAACCAUUUAUGAAAAGUGGGAAUUAUAUUUGAGAGUAUAUAGAACAGAAAAUUGAUGUUUUCAUGCAAUAAACAUGUACUGUAAGUUUUCUUCGUUACAGUAUUUGAAUUUUUCUCCCUUUUUAGUUGAAAUUUACAGUCUUUAGGCUUACCAGCAGAAAAUUGUAGUAACAUUUUCUAUUUUUGUUGAAUAUGUAGAUGAGAAAUCUUCAGAGCACUCUGUGCAUUCUGUGGAAAGAGGAUAUUCAAAAUAAUGUCUUAAAUUCUGUUAAGCAGAAAAUUUAAAAUUUUGAUGCAAUAAAUUUUAAAGUAUUCUUGCCUGUUGGACUUGUUUCCAAAGGAUCUGUUUCAAUAUAAUUAAACAAUGUAUUGUAUCAGUUUUUCAUUUGUUACCAGCUGUACAAUUAUAAUGCCUGAAUACUUCUUAACCAGCAGACUUCUGCUUUGUUCUAGUAAUUUAAAUUUUUUUAUCAGAGGGAAAAACUUAAAUGCAUUCUGUUUAAGUUAUAAGUUAUGGUAAAUUAUGACUUUGAGUCAAUUUGGGGCCCAAUGUUGAACUCCUAAUCUCAGUCAAAACUUCCACCAAAGUCAGCAAACAGAGAUUUUGCCUAGGUGAUCAAUUCAAGAUUGGGCUCUUGCUUUUUUUCCAUGCCUCCUGUGAAUGGUUACCCAAUACUUUAAUUGUAUUAUUGCAGUUUUGGUGACAUUUUUGGUUUUCUGUGCAUUCAGUAUAUAUACACCAAUUAAUCAUGUUCUUUUACAUUUUUUCUAAUUUUCAUAGCUGCACUGGUGGUUAAGAGAUCCAAGCAUCCUUAUUUUCCACAAAUAUGGAUUUAAAGAAAAUGCUGUUCAAGAUAUGGUUUCAAACAUUGUACUUACUUUCCAGACCAGAGUUGUACCUGUAUUGAGAUUUUUUUACAUUCCCUUAUCUUAAAUGUCUUUGAUUUUUCUUGUUCAUUGUGUCUCUGAAACAAACUGAUUUAAAUGGAAGGUUUUUGAUAUUUUCUCUUGGAAGGUUUUAUAUCUUUUUGGGGAAAUGAAAUAUAAGAUCUCUAAUAAAAGAUAACCUUAUGGUGA